CUCAGUGCGGUCACAUGACUUUAACAAACUGCAACCCCCAUUUUCUGUUUUCUGUCGCUUAGUCACCUCAGUAACAUUUGCACUGAUGUUCAAAUCAUGUAGUUUAAAAUAAAAAAACCAACAUGUCAGAAAGGCACCGGGCGCUGCCGCCAUGGAUGACAAAGAAGCAAGAGAAAGGGAUAAAGAAGGAGCCCCUGAAGAGCAGGAGAAAACGGAAAACUGCACGGGAUGUUUUCUACUGUAUGAACGAGAAAGAGUUGGUAGAGGCAGCUGUUUCAUAUCUUACCAAGUCCAACGGUGCCUGCGACGACGUGGCUCUCCCGACUGACCAAAAGGUCGAAGGCAAGGCAGUAGACACCACUGUGAAAAGUAGGGAGAACCCUGCUACUUCAAAGACGAUAGCAAAGCUGGGGACUUUAGAGGAGGAUUCCUCAGACUGCGGCGAUGCCCCGGAGUCGACAGACAGAGUUUCAGAAACAGACUUGGACAUGACAGAGGUGGAAACGGUGCCGUACACUAAGAGCCCGCAGCAUCAUGGACCUGAGGGUCAGAGGUCAGGACCAGUACAGGAUCACGGUGGUCUUGUGAAUGUUGGACUACAGACUGAGGAAAAACAGAAGCACUCACAGAUACCGGCAGAGGAGGAGGAGGAAGAUGCCUUUCGGCUUGUGCGAGAAAUCUUUUUCACCUAAUGAUGAACUUUUUUUAAAACUAGAUUUGCAAAAAAAGGAACACCUACAGAAAGCUUGCCCCAGAAAACCAGAACAGUUUUGAUGUUGAGAUAACUAAUAGAGCAGAUGCUUUGAUAUUGAAUGUAAAACUGAAAGCAGCUGUGGUAGUGUUACAGUAUCACCACAGUGGUUAGAGAGAGAUGCGUUUCCAUGAGCAAACCACUGAAUACUUGACACUGGGUUUCUACUAAUUUACUGAGCACUACACUGUAGCUUUUUGUAUGAAGCAAACAACAAGAUCAUUUUGUCAGCGAAUAGGCUCCAGAUUUUUUACACAGACUAUACAGUAUACUGUUAUAUUUGAAUGGUAAUUUAUGUUCACUUGAUACUUUUGUUUUUUCCACUUUAAUAAAUGAAAUUAAAAGUA